GCAUUUAACCAGGCCAUUAUAUAAAAAAAAGCGACUCGUAGUCGGGUACAUAUGGAGGGUCUUUCUAGUCACCAGAUGAGCUAGCAUAUUACUACGGCCACAUACAAAACGCACCGAAAACUCAGUAUGAAGCGCCAAUCGUUGCACAAUCUCCUCAAGAAGGGUACCAAUGUGACUAUCACUAGUACUGGACCGAUUGAUUUUCUCAAUAGCCACCAUAACAUCACCUUCAAAACUGACGAACGUAAUCCCCAACCCCAGGCACCAGCCUAUAGCCUCUCGAAGGGUAAGCAUCUCAGCCACCAAAGGAUCAACAACGCUUGGAAAUUGAACCCCUUUAGCCAAGAGGAUCUCCCAUGCUUGGUCCAGGAGAACCAUCCUUCCGGCCGCAUGAGACUCACGCUCAAUCUCCCCAUCCCACCUAUAGACUAUCGGGGAAGGGUAUACCACCCCGGCGGCUGAAUAGGAAGACUAGGCAACCACAUACCCUUAUCAGCGGGCAAACUGACUCAUUCUUGAUACUGUUGAUGGAAUUGGCGCAUUAAAGUUGGGAUCCCAAACUACUUGCCUCAAAGACAACCCAGUUACGCGAUCUCUAGAUCUUCCAUAGGAGGGCGGUGACAACCAUAAACAACUGGGGUUGAUGGAUGAUCGACAUCAGCCUUUUCAGAAACAAUGAAAAAGUGUGCCGAGUAAGUUCAUGGCCAAGAUAUUCGAGCUCCGUAUAAUCCCACAACGCCCUCGUCACUAAACUGUCUAGAAACAAAUAUUCCUUUGUUUCCAAUUCCGCCCAACAAACCAGACAUCUGGUAUGAAAUGGCUCUGGAUAGCAUAACAACAAGGGUAUAAGGGCAAAUUGCACAAAAUAUGAAUUAAUAAGUUGUUUUCUUUUACCUGGUAUUAAAUUUGAAAUUCGAAAUUAAUAAUAAAAAUUCAUUGAAGCCCGCGAUUCUGUCAUUUCCGUUUUCAGCUUUCCCCUCUGCUCACGAACUGCUCUCCGACAUCUCCUUCGGUUGCUCUCUCCCUGUUCUCGCUAAUUUUCCAUCUGCAUCGAGCGAUUUCGUCUGCGUCUUGUGGAUUUACUUCGCGCGAUUUUGUUUCCUCCUUCGUCGAAGUGAAUUUCGAGGUAUGCCGGUGAUUUCCUCCACUAAACUGUCUUUUCCUCUAUCGUCUUUUUUGGCCUCCGAAGUCGCCGUUGUCGUUUGGCGUCGCCGGAGUUCCACUUGUAUGGUGUUAGUUUGGCGUCGUCGUUGUCGUUUUCAUUAGCAUUGUCGUUGCUUGCUGCUGCUAUUGAAUUUAUAACUGUCGUUUUCAUGUUUGCUCUUUGUUACUUUCGUUUUCCACUUUUCUGAGAUGUUUUGACGCAUCCAGUCUAAAUUUUUGUAGGAGACGAGGAAAUUUCAUACUUGUGUGUUCUGGUUAGGUUUUGUGCGCUCUGGUUAGGUUUUGUUGAAUGUUUUAGGGUUUUUAUGGUGUGCUUUGCAUGUUUUAGGGUUUCUGGUUUCUCAUGAGUCGUUUGUGGUGGUGUUCAGUAGUUCUGUUGUUUUGUUCUUAUUUUUGGUGGUGUGCUUUGUGUUUGGUGACAGUUAGGAUGUUUGUGGGUUCGAUUGGGACCUUUCUGGAGGUUUUUAAUAAAACUAUUGUGUAUUUUCAAGCUGCUGUUGGUGGUUCUUUUAAAAGGUUUUGUGGUUUGUGUUUCGGAUUUCACAGUUUGGUUUAGGAGAUUUACUGUUGUGCAUUUGCAGUUGUUGUUUGACUCCUUUACAUAUGAUUAUUGAGUCGUUUGUGGUGGUGUUCAGUAGUUCUGUUGUUUUGUUCUUUAUUUUGGUGGUGCGCUUUGUGUUUGGUGACAUUUAGGGUGUUUGUGGGUUUGAUUGGGGCCUUUUUUUUUCUUUUUUUUUUCCCCAAGGCAAGACCAGAGGGCAUGGGACAAAUACUCGGCACGAUUACAAAACUUACUCAAAUACAGCGCGUUAGUCUGUAUGCAACCAGACUACGAUGAGAGAGCACGUUAAGCCACUACUUGGGCAGCUCUGAAGAAGCUCCGAGGAGCAAAGACACGACACUGACGGGGAAAAAACAAAAACAAAACCCAACAUCUCCAAGAUAGUCCCGCCAGAGAGUGUAGUUUCCUUCGACGAAAUAUGCCGGUUGACCAGAAUCGAGUUGCCACAAAAAGACGCAACAAAGAAAAGAAAAAGUUAUUAGCAAAUCUUCGACAUAGCAUGCUUAAUUAUUCUCAUAGAUUUGUAAAAGCGAAUAAAAUCGAACUAUAACCUGAUAGAUCGAUGAAACUUAUUUAACUUCCUUUAACUACUUUCAUACCAUAAGAGCACCUGCAAAAUGCCAACCAAAUGCACAUCGAAGGUGCUAGAAAUCUCUAUCACAAGAGAUUAAAUCUUGUCUUUGAGA